AUGAUCCUUUUACAACCUUCCAAGCUUCUGAUGUAUCUGCUUUUUAUUCCUAUUCUUUUUAUAAAAGCACAAAGUCUUAACAAUAUUAUAAAUGAGCUAAACAAACGUCUACUUAUAUCCACAAACUUUUUGUACUGCAACCAAACCGAUAAGCUUUACAAAUACGAGUACAAGUAUCUGCGACAUUUGCCACUCAUCAGCCUUAUGAUCUUUACCUCAACCUUUAACGUCACCCAGCUUGAAUAUAAUUUGGGAGCUGAAAACAAACUCUUUUUGAUCUUGGGCAUCGAAGAACCGCCCUAUGAUAUAUUUCACACUUUGGACCUACACUUACAGACAGCUGAAUAUAUAAUGGUUAUAGAUGAACCUUUGGAUUUGAAAAGGGAAACCAAGUGGUUAGAAUUUGUAAGGCACCUUUGGCAACUUGGCUAUGUUCACUUGCUGUUUUACACCUCUUUUGAUGAGAAAUUAUAUCACAAAAUCAUAUUCCCCAAGUUGCUGAUAGAGGAGUCUACCAUAGAGCACUAUAUAUCGAUUCGAGGAUCGUUUAGGAACCUACAUGGAUAUCCGGUUCGUGUGGCUGCCUAUAAUAAUACCCCACGCACCUUGAUCUAUGUGAAUCGGUGGGGCAAAGAGGUAUUUGCCGGCUUCUAUAUGAGAUUUAUUCGUGCCUUUAUAGGCUCGAUAAAUGGCAGCUUUGUGCCAAUAAGAACUCCAAGUAAUUCUCCUGGAAAUUGUACAUUGAAUUUGCAAAAUGGAACAGUGGAUGUUUGUGCAGAUGCCUUGGCAGCUAAUACUUCCGCCUUCAGUUUGACCCAUGGAUUCCGGUUAGCCUCGGCCAAUGUUUUUGUAACUCAUGCCAAACCUCUGCACUCCUAUCGAUAUCUAACCGCUCCGUUUCAAUGGAGUGUAUGGCUCUGUUUGGCUGCCUAUGUGAUCCUGGUGGUGGGCUUCCUCAGCUUUAUUUACUGGCUAAGAAUUGGAAAAUGGGACGUGAGUAGAUAUCUCCUCGAGGUCUUCAGCUCGCUUUUAUUCAGUGGAUUCUGCCUAAAGAAUAUUCAAGGCAAAGAGAGAUACAUUCUCUUUGGAGUUUUGUUCGUAGCUGGAUUUGUCUACUCCACUGAGUAUCUGGGUUUACUGAAAAGCAUCCUUAUUUCGGAGGUAUUCGAGAAGCAGAUCGAUAACUUUGAGGCAUUGGUAGAGAGCAAUAUAACAUUGAUGGUUGAUCCAUAUGACCUGAAAUUAUUCGCCAAGUACAACAUGCCUAAGAUACUUUUCUCCAUAAUGGAGAAUGUAUCUUUUGAGACGCUCUUGGAGCACAGGAAUCGUUUCGAUCAGAACUAUGCCUAUAUACUUUUUACGGAUCGAAUGGCCUUGUAUGACUAUGCCCAGCAGUUCUUGAAGCAUCCGAAGUUGUUGAGAAUACCCAUUGACUUUUCGUUCCUCUACACUGGCAUUCCAAUGCGAAAGAGUUGGUUUCUGAAGGACCAUUUGGGACGGGCCUGGUACCGUGCCUUCGAGAGCGGACUUACGAGGAAACUUGCCUUGGACGCCGACUUCGAGGCGGUUCGCGUGGGCUAUCUUAAGUUUCUCACCACGGAGCAUGUGGAGGCACAACCCCUGGAUGUGGAUUAUUUCGUCAUGCCGGCCAUUGCUCUGGCCAUCGGCUACAGCCUGGCCCUUUUCAGUUUUGUCAUCGAGAUGACGGCCUGGCGCAUGAACGGAUUAUUCCUGGGACGCAAAACCCAGUCGCGGAUGAAGAUCAAGAUGGAGACAAGUGAAGGUUGAUGUUGAUU